AUGUCCUCUCAGUCAGAAAUGAAUCUCUCUUGUUCGAUCUGCUAUGACAUCUUCAGAGACCCCAUCAUGCUGUCGUGCAGCCACAGCUUCUGUAAAGACUGCCUGCAAAUGUGGUGGAAGGAGAAACCAGUACGUAAAUGCCCACUUUGUAAGAACGUGCAUUUGUCAGAUGACCCACCCUGUAACUUGGUGUUAAAGAACCUGUGUGAAGCUUUCUUACUGGAGAAAGCUCAAAAAGCUUCUUUAGAGUCAGAGGCUCACUGCAGUCUGCACUCUGAGAAACUCAAACUCUUCUGUCUGGACCAUCAGCUGCCAGUGUGUCUUGUUUGUAGGGAUUCAAAAAUACACAACAAACACAAAUUCAGAACCAUCGAAGAAGCUGCAGAGGAUCACAGAAAAGUGCUUCAGGUGUUACUAAAGCCCUUAAAAGAGAAACUGAAGCACUUUAAAAUAGUUAAAGGAGACUUUGAUCAAACCAGAGAACACAUUAAAAUCCAGGCCCUUCACACAGAGAGGAAGAUCAAGGAGAAGUUUGCAAAAAUGCACCAGUUUCUACAAGAAGAAGAAAAAGAAAGAAUCACUGCUCUGAGGGCAGAAGAGGAGCAGAAGAGUCAGAUGAUCAAGGAGAAGACGGAGGCUCUGAGCCGAAAGAUAGCAGCUCUUUUAGACACAAUCAGAGCCACAGAGGAGAACCUGAGAGCUGAAGAUGUCUCAUUUUUGCAAAACAUCAAGCCUGCAGUGAACAGAGUCCAGCAGUGCACCCUGCUGGAGGAACUACAUGUGGUCUCAGGAGCUCUGAUAGAUGUGGCCCAACACCUGGGCAACCUAACCUUCAACAUCUGGAAGAACAUGAAGGAGAUGGUUUCCUGCACUCCAGUGAUUCUGGAUCCAAACACAGCUCAUCAACAACUCAUCCUCUCAGAAGAUCUGACCAGUGUGAGUCUCGGUGAGAGACAGCAGCUUCCCAACAAUCCAGAGAGAUUUGACCACCAUCCAAUUGUUCUGGGCACCGAGGGCUUCGACUCAGGGACUCACAGCUGGGAUGUUGAGGUUAGAAAGGAUGGGAUCAGGUGCCUCGGUGUGCUAAUAGAGUCUGUUAAGAGAAAAGAACAAUUACAGACUGGAUUCUGGGAAAUAUGUCUCCAGGAUGGACAAUACACAGCAGCCGCUCCACCACUUCCUGAUAAACCUCUCUCAGUGAAGAAGCUCCAGAGGGUCAAAGUUCAGCUGGACUGUGACAGAGGGAAGCUCUCAUUCUUUGAUCUUGACACCAGUACACACAUACACACCUUCAAACUCAGUUUCACUGAGAAGCUGUUUCCUUACAUUGGCACGCACAGUAAAGUACCAAUGAAGAUUUUACCUGUGACUGUGAGAGUGGAACAGCACACGCCCUCUUUAUCUACAGGUUUUUGGUUUAGCUAG